AUGACCAGACCACGCUUUUUCACUGGCAUCCAAGCUACUGGCACCUUAACAUUAGGUCAUUAUUUAGGAGUAAUCAACCACAUUUUGCUUUUGCAAGAAGAAUACGAGGUAAUUGUUAUGAUUGCUGAUUUACAUGCGUUGACUGUUCCGCAGCAGGGAAUGGAUUACCGAAAAAAAGCCGCUGACAUUGCGGCUUUGUUAUAUGCUUGCGAAAAAAAAAAGGGUGAGGAAACUGGCAAUUUAGCCUUAUUGGCUUAUCCCGUUCUAAUGUCAGCGGAUAUUUUUCUUUAUGAUGCGGAUUUAGUAAUUGUCGGUCAAGACCAGCAGCAGCAUUGUGAAUUAACUGCUGCCAUCGCUCGCAAAUUCAAUAACUUUUACCAAGCCGAAUUGCUAAAAUUGCCACAAUUUGCUAUCCCUCAAUUAGGGGGUAAAAUUAUGGGCUUGCAAAAUCCGGAAAAAAAAAUGUCCAAAAGUGAAAACGACCAUUUGGCUUUACUCGAUGAACCUGAAAUUGUCAAAAAAAAAAUCCAGCGAGCGGAAACAGACUCAGAAAACAAGGUUUAUUAUGACCCAAUAAAAAAAACUGGCAUUUCUAACCUUUUGCUUAUUUAUGCUUUGUUCAAGAAGGUCAGCCCGCAGGAAGCGGAAAAAGAGGUGAGUAAUUUAAACUACCACCAAUUUAAAACUAAAUUAGCAGAAUUAGUUUGCGCUAAAUUCCAAAUUAUUCAAGAAAAGUUUCCUAUUUAUCAAGCCAAAAUCACUGGCUUAUUGGAAAAAAAUCAACAUUACUGCCAAAAACUGGCUCAGCAAAAAUUAAAAGAGAUUAAAAAUAAAAUGAAAUUGCCAAAUUAA